UGGGUCGCCCGAUCCUGUUCCCAUUUUACCUUAAAAAGGCACCUUGUUUCUUCGUCUCGAUCGCUUCUUGUUUUCUUUUUUUCUUUGAUCACUCUUCUUUUUUGCAACCCUUUUGUCUUCUGUUCUGUAUUUUAUAUAACCUAUUUCCAAGUCUAGAAAAAAAAUGACCAAGUUAUCAAAAGAUGAUUACGAAUCGGUGCCCAACUACUCUAUUGAUCUGUCUCGAAAAGAAGAUGAACGUGGGUUACUGUCUUCACCCCCGGACAGUGCGUAUGACGAGGAGCAUGCACUUCAGUUUAUGGACGACGAAGAAAAUAAAUCCGAUCAUCGUAUUCCUCAUCGUCAUGCCAAUGAAAAUCAUUGGAAGGGCCACAUUGAAGAACAUUUUUCACGACCGGAAUUAGUACGGGAUUGUAUUCUUGGCUUGUCCGAUGGUCUCACCGUUCCCUUUGCCUUGGCAGCUGGUCUUUCAAGUCUAGGUGACAGUCGCAUUGUAAUUUAUGGCGGAUUAGCAGAAUUGGUGUCGGGUGCUAUUUCGAUGGGAUUGGGUGGUUAUCUUGCUGCUCGGUCGGAAGCCGAUCACUAUGUCACAGAACGAGAACGAGAAGCGAGAGAAGUGGAUUUAUACCCGGAAGAGGAAGAAGAGGAAAUUGUGGAAUUAUUUGAACCGUAUGGUCUCGAUCGAGCUUCGAUGGAACCCAUGUUGGUGAAAUUUCGAGAAAAUACCGAAAAAUUCAUCGAUUUCAUGAUGCGGUUUGAACUCAAUCUUGAAAUGCCAGAUCCAAACCGUAGUUGGAUUUCGGCGGUUACGAUUGGUGUAUCGUACUUACUAGGCGGUUUUAUCCCUCUACUGCCAUACAUGUUCAUUGCCGAUACCAUCAAUGCCUUGUGGGCUUCUAUUUUUGUCACUUCCUUGACCUUGUUUAUCUUUGGUUAUGUCAAGAGUAUAUAUUUGCGUCCUGCUCAAGCUCUCAUUGGUGCCCUUCAAACCCUUGCCAUUGGCGCUAUAGCCGCCGCAUGUAGUUACGGCAUUGUUGCCCUGGUCAACACCAACACACCCCAAGAAGGAGCUUAACAAAAAAAAUCUGCUGUAUCAUUAUCUCCUUCUUUUUGCACAUACCUGUAUUUUGUCUGAAAACUUCAUACUACCCCCCCCCCCACUCUGGUUUUUUUUU